UAACACGUGUAAAAUCAUUUCCCACGUUUAAAAUCCAAUUCCCAACCCACCACAUUCACAGAGCUUUCAUGUCUUUCUCCGCCACUUUCUCGUCUCCUUGCAAUGUCUAUUCACAAACCAGAACAGGUUUCUGCUAUUUCCUUGCUUCGAGGCCUUCCAUGGCGGCUACUUCAAUUCCCUCCGUCAAAACCUCGCUCGCCGCUUCAAAGUCAGCUUUUAUGCGCAAUGAUUUGACUCUCCAGUCGUCAUCUUCUCGCGGUGUUUUCUCGAAAUCUCAAAUUUCUGGUGUAACUGCCAGAGCGGCGUCGGAGAAAAGUAUUUAUGAUUUCACUGUUAAGGAUAUUGAUGGCAAAGAUGUUUCUCUGAACAAUUUCAAAGGGAAGGUUCUUCUGAUAGUAAACGUUGCAUCUAGAUGUGGUUUCGCGACUGGAAAUUACACAGAACUGUCACACUUGUAUGAGAAGUACAAAACUCAAGGAUUUGAGAUUUUGGCUUUUCCUUGCAACCAAUUUGGAGGCCAAGAACCUGGGUCCAACCCAGAGAUCAAGCAGUUCGCCUGCUCAAGAUUCAAAGCAGAGUUCCCAAUAUUUGACAAGGUUGAUGUCAAUGGUCCAAACACUGCCCCAUUUUAUCAGUUUCUCAAAUCAAGUGCUGGAGGAUUCUUAGGCGGUUUUAUCAAGUGGAACUUCGAGAAAUUUUUGUUGGACAAAAAUGGUAAUGUCAUUGAGAGAUACCCACCAACGACAUCCCCUCUUCAAAUUGAGAAAGAUAUUCAAAGGCUUGUAGCCGCCUAAAAUCUAGAGCUGAAGAAGUUUAAAUUGCUUUUACCAUCAUAGAGGCUCAUCCAAUGCGAGUUAACCUUUGAGUAUGUACAUUUCUUUUUCUAUAGUGAGGAACCCUAUUUAUUAUUAUAGUGAGGUAUUUUGAGAAUUACAAAUAUUAGUGUGGGAUGUAUGGAUGAGAGCACAACUCAGGUAAAAUAAAUGUCUUGUGAGAAUAUUUUAGGCUUUUUUUUUACGGCCUAAUCU